AUGACAAGAAUAAAGCCACGCCAUAUACCAGAUAUUUCAAAUUUAAAUAAAUUACUUACUACUUCAUAUGCUAAGACAUGCAUUUUUUUCCUUUAUCUAUUCAGUUAUGUCCUCACGGAUAAUCAUCCUCUCCUAACUGAGUAUCCUCCACGAGAACAUGAUGAUCCUUCCCCUUAUCUUCUGGUUAUAUGGCUACCAGAUGAAUUAGAAAGCUCGGACGAAUCAAGCAAGACUGACUUGCAUGAGGAAGAAAGUAGUCAGACUAAAACAGUUCUUGGAACACUUCUGAUACCAUGCCGAACUGCAAUGAAAGCGUGUUUCCCAUUGAAUGGAACAUACUUUCAAGUUAAUGAGGUUUUUGCUGAUUAUGCUUCAAUGAUUCAACCAAUUAAUGUUCCUCGACAAUGGAUAUGGAGUCUAGAGAAACGAAUAACAUAUUUUGGUACUGGAACAUCAACAAUAACGAGAGGUAAAUGA